AUGACUGGCCUGGCUGAACAGGGAGCUUUGGCUGGGACUCAGGAAAAGAAGGAGGGUCUACUACUCUUGGAAGAAGGGCACGCAUCUCAAGAAGAAUACAGGGAUCUCAUUAGGUCAUGGGGAGAUAAAAUUAGGAAGGGCAUUCAGCCCCCUGAGCUGGAAGACAGGGAUGGAGAGCAAAAGAAACCACCCAUAAUUCAGGAGGAAGCAGUUAAUGACCUUCUACGCCACCUGGAGACGCACAAGUCUGUGGGGCCAGAUGGGAUCCAGCCGAGAGUACUGAGGGAGCUGGCAGAGGAGCUUGCCAAGCCACUCUCCAGCAUUUAUCACCAGUCCUGGUUAACAGGGGAGGUCCCAGACGACUGGAGUCUUGCCAAUGUGACGCCCAUCUACAAGAAGGGCCGGAAGGAAGGUCAAGGGAACUACAGGCCUGUCAGCUUGACCUCGGGGAAGGUAAUGGAGCAGUUCAUCUUGAGUGGGCUCACCAGGCAGGUGCAGGACAACCAGGGGAUCAGGCCUAGCCAGCAUGAGUUCAUGAAAGUAGAACAUAGGAAAAAAGAUGCUUUAUGCUUUUCACUUCUGUUUAUAGUUUCAUCUCUGGUAAUACUGCUAACAACUGGAAAUGUGUAG